AUGGAAGCUAUUAUUGAUUUCAGUAGUGGGACUGAUAUAUUAAGGAAUCCCGAGAAUGAAGCAAGGCAACCAGAGCCUGAUCUACCAAGUAGAAAUAGGGAAGUACCCCCACCACUGAAUGCACCUGUGGUGAAUGAGGAAAGACAACACCUAGUUGAUCCAGGAGAGCCCGGAGAUAGACAACUGAUAGUUUUGAAAGGAUUUAUGAAACGUCUACCAACAUUUCAAGGAACGAUAAAGCCAUUGGAUGUGGAAAGUUGUCUCCGACAA